AUGAUUAAAAUUACAAAAAUCGAAUUACAAAAUUUUAAAUCAUAUAAAAACAAUGUUAUAAUAGAUAAUUUUCAUGAGGAUUUUAAUUGUAUUGUGGGGCCUAAUGGAUCUGGUAAAUCAAAUAUAUUAGAUGCUUUAUUAUUUUUAUUUGGAAAAAAAAGUAAAUAGAUAAGAUUAAAUAAAUUAAAAGAUUUGAUAUGUGAUAUAGAUAAAGAUAUAAAUGAAGCAAGAAUAACUAUAUAUAUUACAAAUAAUAUGGAUUCGUUUUCUAUAUCAAGAUCUAUAAACAAUAACAAUAUAUCUAAAUACUAUUUUAAUAAUAAAGUUAUAACAUAGAAAGAAUUAUAGAAUAGAUUAUUAAAUUAUGGACUUGAUAUUUCUCAUAAUAGAUUUAUUAUUUUAUAGGGAGAAGUAGAUCAAAUAGCAUUAAUGAAUUCUAAAGGUAAAAAAGAUGAUGGACUAUUAGAAUAUAUAGAAGAUAUAAUCGGAACUAAUAAAUAUGUUGAAGAUAUAGAAAAUAUAAAAAUAAUAUACAAGAAUUAUAGGAAAUAA